CGCUAUUCACUGGCAUUUGGGACAUACGCCAAUUAAUAAGCUUAAAUAGUUUAGAAUUCGGAUUCGUUGAUAAUGAUGACCAAAACAAAUUGAAGUGCACUGUCACAACGAAUAUAGCAAAGAGCAUGUUAUGAUGUAAUCGAUGGUGCAAUCUAAGCUUUUGACAUUUAAUUGAAGGCAACCAACCAAAGCCGCUGCCUGAUUUAAUUAUCAUGGCGACUUCGCAGCAGUUUCGCGACAAUGACAGUGAAACAGAUGAAGAUAGUUCUUCGGGAAAGAGAUCAUUGAUCGUGGUACAAAUUGGUAACAACAACAACACAGUGGUAACUUGUGACAAGAUUGAGCCACGUUUUGAAGGUUCAGGGAGGGAUCAAAGAGCAAUUCAUCAGUCGAAAAACCUAGCAGGAAUCCACGUUAUGAAGACUAUACUUUCUAACCAUGGUCGCCCAAUGCCACGAAAGGCAUUAGAGCAAGAGGCAUAUCAACUGGCAAAAAAGAAAGGUUUUAGGUCUUUUCACGAACUUGCUGGCUGGUCUGUUAACGAUUUUUUAGAUUAUAAUAAAUCUUUGUUUAAAAUUACUUCAAGGAAGAAAGAAAAAUAUGUGAAGCUGAAAGAAAAUAUCUUCGUAACACCAACCAAUGAUGAACAUGACGAUGAAACAGACGCUGUUCCGACAUCAAUUCAAAGUGACAAUUUUUCGACAAUCACAAAUUGCGUAGCCUCUCAAUCUUUGUCUAAAGAAGGAAUUGAUGAAAUAAUGAAACAAGAAAACAACAUUCAAGAACAAUCUUUAAAAAAACUACCUAUGGAAUUUGACCACGGAGAAUUUUAUCAAAUUGUUUCUGGAGGAAUUAGUUCUAAAACACUGUUUGUAGAAUCAAUAGACAAAUACGAAUCAGACCCAUUACGGUUUUCUGUCGAUAUUGUCAGCAUGUGGAACACACCACACAGAAUUAAAUCACACAUAAUAUUCGGGGUAACGCAUGACAAAAAAUUAAUAGGUGUUGAAAAGAAUGUUGACCAUGAUUUCUUUGAAACAAUAUUCUGUUCAUCAUACUUUACAAUGCCACCAUCUUUUAAACUGUAUAAAACCAACAUGGAAUCAAAAUUGUUUUAUGUAAUUGAAAUAGCUUCAAGUCGUGGUCAAGGUGUGCCUAGCAUAGUAAAAUGUGAUCAAAGAUCAAGAAAUGUAAACAUUACGAAAAACCAACUAUGGAUUAGAACGGAUGUUUCUAAUGAAGUAUGUGAGCCAAGCUCAUUGAAAUCAGGUAUAAUCUAUGAUUGGUUUUUGAACACAACUCUUUCUUCUGGCAGUUCCCAAUCACGGAUGUCACCUCUUCCAAGUUUAAACAUACCGGUUACUGUUAACAAGCGUUUGUGUACGACUGGUACACAAAGUAUGUUUGACACACAAACUGAAUCGGACCAAACAGACGACGGCGAUACAGUAACCUCAGGCACAACAUUUGAUUUCUUUUGUGGGACAGUUGAUGGAUUUAAACGUGGGCAUUUUGUCCUUGUUACCGGUGAUGUGAGUUGCUUGGCAAAGGAUAUAAAUGCGUUUGGACUUGUACCUUGGUUAUGCGUCUAUGAUUUCGAUAUUUUUAGUUCAACAAAUGGUUUGUUUAAUGCAGUCGAAGAUACUAUGAAAACGAGAAGACAUUUAAAAGUAUACACCUGGAAUGACACUCCGGAGCCAGUUUCUGAAAAAGGUACUAAGUGGUGCUUUCUUAGAGGACGGCGUGAAAUAAGCUGUUCAAGAACUGAUCUGAACGAUGACGAAAUCGAAACGUCAAAUUUAUGGUUCAAACAAGUCAAGCGAGGUGUUGAGGGUUACUGUGAGCGAUUAUCAAACUUUGUGGAAAACUACACAGUUCUAACAGUAGUUCUUCUGUGGCCUCAAAAUGAAAAACUGCUCCCAUAUAUGACCAAAUUUGUAGGCAGACUAAAUGAUGCACUCUCAUGCACACCAGCAGUCGUUGUUUGCACCAAUGAAAACCAUGCCAUGACCGAGAAAGGCAGAACACGUUUGAAAGCAUUAUGCGAAGACUUUGGGGACAAUAUAAAGGUUUGCGAUGUAGGGUUCGAGCAACUUUGUACUGAAUUGAAAACAUAUCUUCAAACUGAAACAGUUGUAACAACAUAUAGCUUGCCGUGCAAUAUUGAAGUUGACAAUUCAAAUCAAUUUGUUGAAAUAAAUGAAACGGAUGCAACAUGGCUGAGUGAAGAUUUUGAGGUCCUGUACUUAAAACCAACUAAGUCUUCAGUGCUAAAUGAACAAGAAAUUCAUGAUGAAAUAACACGCUUUUACAAAGGAGGCACACUCCCAUGGUAUGCUUGGUAUAAAAACGAGGCACAGUCAGCUGUUGUUGAACGAAAUGUUCAAAAAGAGUUGGAACACAAAUUGCAAAAACAUCUUGAAGAUUACAGAACUUCAACUGUCACUCUAUUCCAUGCCCCAGGUGCUGGAGGAACUACACUUGCCCAGAAGAUAUUGUGGAAAUUUCAUGAGACGUAUCCAUGCGUUCAUUUAAAGCUUAGGACAUCAAAUCCCAUCGAGGAACUUGACAGGAAGAUCACAUUCAUUAGUGAAAAAACGGGCAAAGUUGUGCUUAUGCUUGUAGAUGCUGAAGAAGAAUCAAAGAUCAGAUUUCUUUCAAAACGCCUGAAAUACACUGUCAUAUUGUAUGUAAAACGAUACCCAUACCGGUUCCAGGUUCCACCUUCAAUGGAACAAGACCGAGUCUUCUUAACAGGAAAUGUAACUCUUAGCGAAUCUCAAGAGCUAGCUUUGAAACUUGGAGAAAAAUGUGAAGAUGAUGUAAAACGACUCAGGCUUAAUCAACUUACCAAAGGUGUAAAAGAAGGCUCCGGGCACUGUAUGUACGAGUAUGGAAUGACCGUAUACUUGCACGAAUUUAAGGGUAUAGUUUCUUAUGUUAGCGGUUAUCUGCAACUUGACAAAAAUAGCACCUCUGAGUUAACACCGUGUCAGACUUGUCUAGGAUAUCUAGCUCUUGUUUAUUAUUAUGGACAGAGCAGUGUUCCGUGCCAGUUUUUUGCGCGUUUAUUUAACAGACCUUCAAAUAUUAUUAUGGAUUUGGAAGAUUUCCCUAUGCCAAUUCAAGAAUUUGUGGUAUAUGACAAAAAUGAAAGUCGAAGGAACUACCUGCGUAUUUGCCAUUACAUCGUGGCGAAGGAAAUUUUAGAACAAAUUUUGUCGAGGAACAAUCAAGGUUGUCUAACAUUAGAAAGGACAGAUUCACUGGGACAAAACGCAUGUAGAGCGCUCUCAGCUUUCUGUUCGGAAUUCAUUUCUUAUACGGGCAAGAAAAAUGUAAAAAUGUCUUCGACAGUUCGUAUGAUUUUGACAAAAACAUUUAUUUAUAGAGAUGAAAGAGAUAUGGGAGAUAAUGAAGAGCAAGUGAGACGAAAGCCUGUUUUGUCAAAGGUCAUGAUUGAUAUUCCAGCUGGAAAGCCAUUGUUUACAGAGCGACUUAAGGUUUUGCAGAAAUUAGUAGAAACAUUUCCAGAAGAACCGAAUUUCCAUGCUCAUUUAGGUCGCUUUUAUGCCUUUUGUAGACCUGAUGAAGAACACAAUGCAGAACUAUGUUUCCAGAAAGCUGUAUUUUUGUGUGAUGAACAAAAUGCCGGUAAAACAACUGAUCAAAUCGACGACGGAAUGAAGUUGACAAUGAUGCACAUAUAUCACAUGUAUGGCAUUGUAAAACAAAGAUACAUCGCAAAGUUCACUGGGCGGUCACCUAAAGAUAAAGUGGUGGCUUUCAAGUUGGAAGAUAUUUUUCUCGAACGUUUAUCAGAAAUUGUCCCAUGUGCCGAAGAAGCAUGUGACUAUUUUGCACUGUCGAGAAACUACACCCCCGAAAGUCAUGAUUUGUAUACAUAUGCGUACACUGCAGAAAUACAGGUAAGGUUGCAGAUUUGUGAUUUUGUCAGCCGCCAAUACAAUGCAUUUGGUGACAAUCGGUGGCAACAGUUCUUUUCAACAACAACCAAUCAAAGAGCUAAACAGUUCGUUCAACGGAGCAUAUCGGUUAUAGAAGCAUUAUUUCUGGAAUGUUACAUGAGUGUUGAGUUACUUUCCAAUGAUUUCGGAUCCUUACGAAAAAGUGUCAUCUGGUACAAUACACUAUUUCGAACACACGCAUUUGCAUUAGAGGAUAUGCAGUGUGACAAUACAAUGAGUAACAGGCGAUUGAAAAUAGCCGCGAAAAAACUGAAAUGUGGGAAACCUAGUGUACUGAAUGGAAUUGAAAUGAUUGACAAUGCUGAUGAUAUCGAAGAAGUCAUUGCUCUGUACGAAGCAAACUUUUCCGAUAUUGAAAGAAAUGGCAAUUUAGAUGGGCGUGAAAAGAAAGAGUUAGAGAUUGACUUUAAAGAAUGGAUAUAUGCAAUCAGGCAAGAGGUGUUUCCAUCAGAUUAUACCCUGGAAAAUGUUCUCACGCAUCUUAAUAUAUGGUAUCAACAUAUAAGAUCCCCCUUAUCAGUAUAUUAUGUCUUCAUCGUGUAUAGUCUCUUAGGAUUCGGUACUGAUAGGACACCAGGCAAGACUGAGUGUUUAAUUGAAGCGUUAGAAAUUCGAGAAACGCUUAAAAAGAUGAGCCAUUUAAUUAUUCGCCCUAAAUACCCACGUGAGUGGUUAGGAGAAACUGGGGAAGGGAUAAAACGGCUAAAAUUUAAUGAGCGUUAUGUGGGCAUUUGCGCUGAAGAUCGAGAUUUUCCCCCAACAAGUCGUUUGGAUCUCGCAGUUUGUAAAGGAACAAUAACAAGACCGAACACAAACAAUGUUAAUGGUAUUAUAUCGUUGGACCUCAAAGUGCGGACCAAAGAUAUCGAUGUGUACUUCAUACCGAAAAAGGCAAAACUUGAAGGUAGUCGAUUUGCUGGACAAAGAGUCGAGUUUCACCUGGCAUUUACCAUUAAUCAUGGAUACGAAGCGUAUAAUGUUAAGUUGCUGAAACGACAUGCCUGUCCUGGUUGUAGUAGAAACAUCGAAUUCACAAGCGCGGACGUUGUGAUCACAUGCAAAUGUGGCAAGGACGUUUAUAAAGAUGACCUGAAUGUGUCACUUUAAUCAUAGCAAACUGCCGAAUAACAGAAAUGUGUUGAGCAUAGAUGGCCGUCGAAGUCAUAUGAUUUGUUCAUGUAUUCAAGAUUUUAAUACUUUUUGCGAAACCCCUAGCCGCUUUUUGAGUUAAAAUACAUUAUUUUCUCUGAAUAUGUUUGAGUGGCACGAACAUGGAAUUAGUUUCUUACCACAUAGUUUCAUAAUGAACAACCUUUUAUGUCCCCCAGUAUAUACUGGGGGAAAUAUUGUUUUUGCCCUGUCUGUUGGUUUGUUGGUUUGCGUCAAACUUUAAUAUUUGCCAUUACUUUUGCAAUAUUGAAGAUAGCGACUUUAUAUUUUGCAUGGAUGUGUAUCUCAUGGAGCUGCACAUUUUUAGUGUUGAAAAGUCAAGGUCAAGGUCAUCCUUCAAGGUCAAAUGUCAAAUAUAUGGGUCAAAAUCGUCAAACUUUAACAUUUGCCAUAACUUUUGCAAUAUUGAAGAUAGCAACUUCAUAUUUUUAAUGCAUGUGUAUCUCUUGGAGCUGCACAUUUUGAGUGGUGAACGAUCAAGGUCAAGGUCUAGUUCAUCCUUUAAGGUCAAAGGUCAAAUAUAUGGGGGGACAUAGUUUUUAAGAAAGACAUCUUUUUUUUUCGUGUUUUCCUUAAGUCUGAAAACCGCUUGACAAAAUAACCUAUACAAGUGUGUGGUGUUGUAGUUUUGUUGGCAUUCGGGCAAAAAUAUAAGCCCACUAAACAAUGGUUUGGCUUAUAUUACAAUUGAAAUGAAGCUAUGAUAUUGCGUUCAUAUUUGUUUGCCUGUAUCGGUCGGUUUGUGUCUGUCUGUUUGGUAUUGACAGUAGGCGUUUUGGCUAAAGGUGCUUACGGUUGUAACAUUUGGGCUCCACUGAAUUGUAAUAAAAUUGCCGUAAGCGUAUAUCUAAACCAAUCGUCCCCGCUUUUGUGGAGUUGAAGUAUCAGUUAUUAUUAGACGUGUAUCUUGAGUCGUGUGUUAAUCAAAGUAGUUUAUAUUAUCAUCAAACUUCAUGAAAAAAAUGUAUUCACAAAACGUGGCAUUUUUUUUUCUAAAUAAUUAUGCGCAUAGGAUUUUACCAUAUAUCAUGCGGUUAGUUCAUUUCAAAACCUAUUUUGCGUGCAAAUAAAAAUAUCUUGAAACGAAACUUCGUUAAUUAUGUGAAUCAAAAACAUGAUGAAAUGUCAAACAGUAAAAGCCCAAGUCUACAAAAGCAUACUAGUAGUUGACGAAAGAAUGAAUCAUAGAAAACCGGUCUCUAAUGAAAGUUUUACCGGUCAAAAACAUGUAAUAAAUUUUGUAACAUAAACAUAGUUUAUAAUUGUUCUAGGCAUACGAUAGUUCGUCAUGCCAAUGGAGCACUCAAUGUAUGUUACAUAAGGAAUAUUACAUGACUGAUGAGUUCCGAUUGGCUGUAUCGCAAGAGUUUAUUGUGUGACAUUGCAUUUCAAGAGCUCACUGUGUAUGUUAUACAGAAAAAAAACUGUAUAAUUUUCAGAGUAUAUGUAGGUACAUAAUGCAUAUAUAUUCCGUUCGCAGUAAACGUUUGUUUUGAAAGUAACAUGCAUACAUUUUUACAUAAAAAAACAGCGGAAUAAACGCCUUUUAAUUUAAUUAAAAUUUAUUCCAUAUUAAAAUGCAUUGAAAUAUUGAUGAGGACUGUGUCUUGAAUAUAUCGAAUUUGUGUAUAUCAUUAUGUUUUAUUUUGUUUUGUUUUCAACAUGUAUUUUUAGUUAAACCCAAUAUAUUAAAUUGGGAAUAUGUAUGCCUUUUGUGUGGUAAUGAAAUAUUUGGACAAGAGUUCGAUAUUGUGUGCACAUGUAUGUUAAUUUGAUUGAACCGUUGAAUUUAUUGUGUUGAUUUUUUGCUCUACGAAAGGAUUUAUCAGAACUUAAUAUCUGUGUCUAGAAUAUGCUAAAUUUGUAUAUCAACAUAUGUUUUGUUAAAAUCAAUACAUAUAUACUGGAUAAUUUGUUUGCCUAUGUUGUACUAAUGAGAUCUUGGGAUGAGAGUUAAAUAUUGUUUGCACAACUGUAUGUUUAUUUGCUCGAAUCGUUAAUACAUUUACUUGAGUUACGCCUUUCUACCUACCUUUUUGCUUAUGAUCACCAAUCAUCAUUCAACGAAAUAGCGGAGAGCUUUAAUCGUUAAACUUGGGUUUUCCAAUUCUGAUUAUUCGUUAUAAGAGGUUGCAAUAACAACCUUUUUUCGAAUUUAUUUGUAUAAAACGCAAACAAUGUUGCGGCCAGAAUUUAACACCAA